UUAGUCCUUUUGCCUCCGGUAUCUAUUGCCUUCAAGCCGCAUAAAGUAUGAACCCUUAUUUCAGCUCAAAUUUACAAUAUGUACCUACCAUAGUUUUCUUCCUUUUUCACAAUUUGUAUUGCAAAACCUUAUUACCCGUCAAAUUAUUAAAUCAGCAGGAAUUAACAGAGAAGAAAGCAAAGGAAGAUCCAUGUCGGACCCGUACGAGAAAGUGAAAGGAGGUCGGUUAACCUUCAAGGGAGGCGCAGUAGCUAGCCGCAGCAAAGCAAUCGACAAGAAGAAGAAGAAGAAAAAGAAGAACAAGUCCAUCGACGACGUCGUUUCCGACGAGCCUUUGACCGGUGACGCCGCCGUCGCCGCUACUGAACAAGAUGCUGAUGCUGCUCCCGAUGAUAUUUAUACGAUUGACGCCGCUAAGCGUAGGAAAUACGAUGAGUUGUUCCCGAUCGAGGCCAGGAAAUUCGGGUACGACCCGAAUGCAAAAGUCAAGUCCGUUGAAGAUGCCCUUGAUGACCGGGUCAAGAAGAAAGCUGACCGUUACUGUAAAUGAGUCCCUAGCUUUUUGGGUAUCGUCUAUCAAUCCUUGUAAUUUCACUAUUUCAGGUUCAAAUUAUCCUAUGAUGUUAGCUUACCUCGGGGCUUACUAAUAAUUUGACAUUAGAGUUUGGCCCCGGCUUUAUUUCCCUGUAACAAUGGAAUCGUAUUAUGGAACACUUUGAGUAUUGUUUUGCUUAUUGA